AUGAUCAUUCUCUCCAAUGCAACCAUCAUCCUGCUGUCUUGUGUGGACCCUCGGCUCUACACCCCCAUGUACUUCUUUCUCAGCAAUCUCUCUUUCUUGGAUCUCUGCUUCACCACAAUUGUUGUGCCCCAAAUGUUGUUCAACUUGUGGGGGUCAGACAAGAGCAUCACCUACACAGGCUGUAUCACCCAGCUGGGCAUGUUGCUCAUUGUUGGUCCCACAGAAGGUAUCUUGCUGGUGGUGAUGGCCUUUGACCGCUAUGUUGCUAUCUGCCAGCCCCUGCGCUACCCCAUCAUCAUGCAUCCUCAGUUCUGUUGGAAGCUGGUGCUCAUGUCUUGGCUGUCUGGCCUCAUCGAAUCUGUCACUCAAACAACCAUCAUUUUCCAGCUGCCUUUUUGUGCCCACCACUGUCUGGAUGACUUUCUAUGUCAGGCUCCUUCACUCAUAAGGCUGGCUUGUGGAGACACUUUCAUUAGUGAGUGGCAGAUGACCGUCUCUGCUGUUUUCUUUACCAUCUUGCCAAUGGGGUUGAUCCUGACUUCUUAUGGCUACAUAGCUCAAGCUUUAGGUAAAAUCCAAUCCGAGGAGGGAAGGCAGAAAGCCAUUGCCACCUGCUCCUCCCACCUCACUGUGGUCUUCAUCUUCUAUGGGACAGUGGCCAUGGUUUACACAGACCCUAAGAACCAAUUUGCUUCAAAACAUGGCAAGGCUGUCAGUUUCUUCUUCACCAUGGUCACACCAUUGCUGAAUCCUCUCAUCUAUACCCUGCGGAACAAAGAGAUAAAGAAUGCUCUGCAAAGACUGCUGAGGAACCCUAUCAGUACAGUCCUCUUACAGUCGCAGUAUGGAAAGAAAGUGGACCAGGGGUCUCAGCGAGAAUGGAGAAAGUUGCCCCAGUAUCUCAUAAGAAAUCAACAAACAGAUCAGCCACCCACUGUUACUUGUACCCGGGGUUCCUCAGAUGUAACCACAACAGGGGCCUGUGUGGGGACCCCUGGGCCCCAUCAGUCUCCAGCCUUGGAGAGUUCUGAUCCCUGGGACCCUCAUCCCUGGGGGCAGUUCCUCUUCCAGUGCGGUCCCUUGUAG